AUGGUUAUACAGGCACUGAAGCACCUCGCCAACGGCUCACAAUACAGCAUUAAAAACUCUCAGGCAUUGCUCCAGAAGAUCCAAGGCCUCAAAGUAAGUCCUGAUGAGUGUAUUCUAUCGUAUGAUGUGAUUGCCCUGUUUUCCUCAAUACCACAUGACCUGGCGAUUGAGAGCGUAACCCGACGCCUGCAAGAUAAUCCAACCAGAAUUCCAACACAACACGCUUCAGAGAUGCUUAAACUCUGUCUCAAUAAUUACUGCCAAUUCGAUGAAAAGUUUUAUCCACAGGUUAGGCCUACACCAAUGGGAUUGCCAAUAUCAGGUCUACUAGCUGAACUAGUACUACAACAACUAGAAAAGGAAGUUAUGCGAACCUUUAAACCAAAAAUGUUGCUCCGAUACGUAGAUGAUACGUUUGUUAUCAUGAAGACCUGCGAAACUGAACAAUUUCAUCUGAGUCUGAAUAGCGUCUUCCCAGCUAUCCAGUUUACUCGCGAAGAGACGACAGGAGGCAUUCUCCCGUUUCUAGACGUUAGUAUCCAAACACUCAGUGAUGGCGGCCUUGCAACGAGCGUCUACCGAAAGGACUCCGGUGCUGACGUCAUUCUUAAUUACGAAAGCAACCAUCCUGCGGCUCAUAAAAGGAGUUGUCUCCGAACCCUUUUCCACCGGGCUUAUCGUUACUGCAGCAACGAUGAUUUACUUAAGAAAGAACUUGCUUUCCUGUAUCAGUUAUUCCGACUCAACGGAUACCCGGUCAGUUUUGUGAAAAAUUGUCUCAGACAACAGAGACAGCCACAAGACGUUAGUUCUAAUGAGGGACCCGAGCAACGGAAAUUCUACUCUUUACCCUGCAUGCAGGGUAUUUCCGAGGCGGUCGCCCCACAACUAAACCGGUUUGAUAUCUUCGUUGCCCACAAGCCGGCGUCCUCCCUGCGCGCAACGCUGUCCCGUGUGAAAGAUCCUUUGUCCAAAGAGCAGCAAACCAAUGUCAUCUACCGAAUGCCGUGUGCUAACUGCUCUUGUGACUAUGUUGGUCAUACAGGCCGACGACUUGGGACGCGAAUAAACGAACAUAAACUAGCCAUCAGGCGACGUGACCUUUUAUCGCUCGUGUUUGCGCACGCCUUUGAAUGCCACCAUCGCUUCAAUUGGGACGGAACUGAAUUUGUUGCCAUGGCAAACACCAAACAGGCUCGAGAAUUGCUCGAAGCCUGGCACUCCACCACAACUAGCAUCAAUCGCCAUGUCGAUCUGGACGCUCAUUACGAAGGUCUGCGUGCUCGGCUCACUGACUUGCACCCACGACCUAACAACAGCCGCUAAUCCAUACCGGACCCUGUAUAAUCGGACUAUUUCGCCACCCCUCCUGCCCCAGACACAGCGAGUCGCAACCUUAAUCCCUAGCACCUCUACGUUGGAUCCCUGGCUCCUACCCGCAUGCCGGAACGACAAUCAUUAAGUCCACCGUCCGAAGUCACAUUAAAUCGUCAUUCCACCCCCCCCCUACCCUCUAACACAGGGAGCCGCAACAGUUCCCUUUUUCCUCCCCCACCACAGACCCUAGCCUAAUUAUGUCUCCAUCCCCCUUUCAUACAUUAAUUGCUUACCUAUUAGUGGCUGCCGUGUCACGCCAACCAAUUUGGUCUGACCAUUUCACUUUCUCCUAUGUUUAUUUCGUCUGACGACGGGUUGGUGUUACCAGCUCGAAAAUUCACGAGUACAACUCGAUUUUAUCCGACAAGUCUUCUAUCUUCAUGUGCUUCCGAAGAGCCUGUCCUACAGGCCACCGGUGAACACACGUCUGGCGAAACGGUGGGUGGCUGAACAUGGCAGGCGAAUGAUUCGGGCGCUUCUCCAAGAUUGCCAUCUUCGACUGCGUAAAUACAACAGGGGUUUGAGCCAGGCGGUUACAAAGUGCGUUGAACUCAUCGGUGAGGACGGAGUCACGCAUUCGCAACAAGUGAUUAAUAAACGGGCCAGAAACCUGCGAGCAACAAGAGAUGCCGAGCUGGCGGUCAAGCUCCAGAGUAUAAGCCAUUCAUCUCAAGAGGAGAACGAAGUCCUGGUGCACAACAUGUCCUCUAAGCAACUGAUCCCUGCACAAAUGAAAGCGCUGAGUCAUGAGGCCUGCUUUAACACCACAGACGCCGAUCCGGUCAAUCUCGUGGCCACGGUUGAGUCGAUUCUCAAACAAACCGGGGAAUCCGACGAAACAAAGCAACUCAUUCGACAGCAGGUAACCUCCUUGGCGAUGGCGCACAAACCACGUGCAACCAUUACCAAGGCCGAGCAGAGUGCUCUCAAGACACUGAGGGCUGACACCAGCAUCGUGAUUCUACCAGCAGACAAAGGGCGCUCCACAGUUGUGAUGGAUAAGGCAGACUACAUUCAGAAAGCCAAUGCCCUACUGGAGGACCGACAGGCGUACCUACCAUGUAACGAUGAACCGAUGAGGAGGCUGGUGACGCAACUGGACAAGACACUCGCCGACAUGCAAACUAGCAAGACAAUAAAUAAAUCGGUACGACUGGCCAUUAAGCCAGUAGACGCGGCCGCACCACGCUUUUACGGACUGCCAAAGGUACACAAAGCCGGGGUGCCAUCCGGCCAAUCGUAUCAUUGCGCGGCACACCUACAUUCAAUUUGGCUAAAUGGAUGUUCAGAAACCUGAGGUCUCUCACCUCGGACGCGGGCACGACGGUCUGUUCAGCGACUCAGUUCCUGGAGCGGAUCAAAGGGAUGAGACUUACCGAAGACGAGGUCAUGGUGUCAUUCGACGACACUUCUCUUUUCACUUCGAUUCCGCAAGACCUGACAGUCGAAACGGUCAGCGAGCUGCUCGAGAGUCAGAACGACGAGACGGGCGUGACGAUAAAACGGAGACAUCUGGUCCAAUUGCUGAGAUUCUGCCUGAAGACGUACUUUACUUUCGAGGGCACGACCUACGAGCAGGUCAAGGGGACGCCAAUGGGAUCGCCGCUCUCGGACUUCAUCGCAGAGGCAGUUCUCCAAAAAGUAGAAACCCUAGUUUUCUCAACCUAUAAGCCGAAAUUUUGGGCUCGAUAUGUCGAUGAUAUCUUCGUUAUCAUUGAGCGGCAAAUGGUCAAGGAAUUCCAUGAUGUCCUGAACUCUGUUUUCUCUGACAUCCAGUUCACAAUGGACGCGGAAGCCAACAAUCAACUGCCGUUCCUGGACGUUCUCGUCCAUCGAAAACCCAAUGACACCUUAAAACGACGGUAUAUAGGAAGGCCACUAAUACGCGCCAAAUCCUGAGCUUCCACAGUAAACACCCGUUGUGCCACAAACGCAGUUGUGUGCGAACACUCUACAGAAGGGCAGAAACACACUGCAGCGAGCCGGACGACAGAAAGUCAGAACUACGCUACCUCCAGCGCCUCUUAAUGUCCAACGGGUAUCCGCGCAACUUCAUCAAACGCGGCAGACAGGCCGGACUGAGCCGACGUUUGGAAACAGAACGGCCAAAAAUAUGGCGGGCGCUUCCAUACAUCGAUGGCUUUUCUGAGGCGGUCCCCCGUCUCUUAAGACCGCUGGGGAUCGGCAUCGCCCACCGACCGGAGUCAACAAUUCGACAUCUGGUCAUGAGACCUAAGGCCCCUCUGCCACCGGGUGAAACAACGGACGUCAUCUACCGGAUCCAGUAUAACUCCUGUGAAGCCAACUACAUUGGGGAGACGGGCAAACGACUACAGACCCGUGUUGGAGAACACAUGAGGGCAGUAAGGCGAAUGGACCCUUUGUCUCUGAUGGCCGAACACUGCGCCGAUUCCGGACACACGUUCGCCUUUCAGCAUGUCAAAAUUCUGGGCCGAGUAAGCGACUGCAUAUCCAGGGAAACAAUCGAGGCUUGGCACACAGGGACAGCCUCCAUCAACCGUUGUGUGUCUCUUCCCGCUGCCUAUCAAGCCCUUCGAGCGCAGCUCAGUAAAAAAACGAGCAGACGUGAACCCAGGCUAAACAUGAAUCCAGACAUAGGCGAGUCCAUGGCGGAUGCACACCCAGUCACCCCUCAACCUGGUUCCGACGAAGGCGCAGUCGUCACCACAGCCGUUCCAUCUACUAGUCCGGCGGACGAGAAAACGGACAGUCGUUGCGGCGUAAACAAGAUUGCCAGCCUUGGACGACAGUUAAGGUCAAUGAGGGUACGGGCGACGACCACCAACGUCUCAACGCCGGCCCCCGAUGUAGAUUAA